AGUCAAUUAAUAUAUUAAAUGAAUGUGAUCCCUCACCUCCCAAAUAGCAUGUAGUAGUAAUAGAAAAUCAUCUUGAUACUGUCGUGGAAAGUACGACAAGAAUAUUUUGUCCAAAAAAAUCGAGUGGCGUUAAAUAUGGAGAUUUCAUUGGGCGAAUUUGAUGUAGGGUAAGUAUUUUUGUCAUUUUUUCUACUGAUGUGCAUCAUUCCAUUGCUAUUGUCUGCCUCAAUUUUGUGUCUACUUUAAUCCGUGAUAGAAGUAUACAAUGGUACUAAGAAAAUCUACUUAUUCUGUUAGAUAUAUAAUGGAUUCCGUUGAACUGGGCAAUUUAUCAAAUGUUAUAUUGUUUAAUAUUUGAAUUUUAAUUUAACGAAGGUAAUAAAGCAAAGGAUUAGAUGUAAUUGAAAUUAGUUGGAGCCUAUCCUUGAAUUACCUAUUAAUCGACUCAAACAAAAAGUACUACAUAGAAAUUUGAGAUUGACUUAAACAUUCAUGGAUUUAAAAAGGAGAUGAAAGCAUAAUAUUUUUAAUCAAAGUUAAAAUAAUGUCUUCCUUUUGACACUUCCUGUUAUUUAUUCAAGCUAGAAUUAAGUAUAAUAGUGUUAGAACAAAUAGUAGUCCUAAAAUGUGCGUCUUCUGAAUAAAAUUAAUCUUUGCAGAUCAAUUAUUACUUUUAAUCUAAUAAUUCUUACAAACUAACUACUUAAACUCUGAGAUCCAUUCUCUGAUGUCUCCUAGUUGAUUAUAAUAGCUACGUAUUUCAUUGUGCUCUGCUAUGACACUGAGAGAGUAAGCCGAUGAUACAAGGUCUAAUAGCUUAGUUCCUUUCAAUCUUCGUACUGCUUGUUGAUGGUUUAGCAGCUACAAGGCUUCAGGAUUGUCAUGUAGAUGUAGUCUGGCUUUAUGCUUAUCAGCAAAUCUUUCUAUUCCAUCUUUAUCUGUAACGUGGGGUCUUUAUUAUAUUGCGUUAUAAUUUGUUGUGAAAAGGUUUGAUUGUUGAUGUGUACCCUGACAGAUCGAAUUAGAGGCACAUCGGUUUUAGUAUUUGUGUAUUGAAAUUUUGUUUUAAACCGAGGCACAUCGGUUUUAGUAUUUGUGUAUUGAAAUUUUGUUUUAAACCGAUAACUUAGAAUGUUGGCCUAAUAACCAGUAAUAAUGAUUAUAGUGUAUUGGUAGUUCUAGAUGUUUUCUUUUCACAUGCUCUUUCCAUCUAAGUCAUAACUUUUAAAGUUAUGCCCAAAUAUAUCUCACUCUUGUGAGUUAGUAAGUAUUACAUAGUUUAUUAAUGAAAUCUACAUGUAAAGAUUUCUGAAUGCUUGAUCUUUCAAUCAAGAAUGCAUGAAACAAUUAAAUUGUUCUGCCAUCGAUUCAUUUUGAUUUUAUGUUACAUUUAGUAAUGCAGUGUCAUCUGCGACAUUAACUAUUACUAUUCCUUCUACAUCUGGAAUAUCAUGGGCGAGAAAUGUUGAAUAUGUGUCCUAAAAUAUUUUCACGCCAAAGCUAAUUUCCAUUUGUUUUAAUUCUGAGUAUCAGUCAUCCUGUUUUGAUUAGAUUAGAUGAGCUAGGGCGUAAGGUCAUGAAUCUACCUCGAUAACACUUUGACUAUUGGGUACUCCGGACUAUUCACCAGUCAGAAAGCAACUACUUUGCAAAGUGAGUUAACUGUCUGGAGCUAUGCGGCUUACCUCUUCUGGCUUUAAAAAACCGAAUGUAAGUACCAUAGUUUUUGUCCUUCAGAUAAUAGUUCACCAGGUAGGGUCCAGUAAGUAUACCAGUAUCUCCUUAGCUCGUCUUUGUUAAAUGAAAGGGCCUUUUCAGACCAAUUUGUGGAAUAGGAAAGAAAUCUUCUUGAUCGUUUCAGACCUUCUCGUUUUCCUAGUUCUUUAAGACCAUGACUUGAUGUCUUUUUUCUCCAGAUGAUCGGCUUGUUUAUUGCUGUAUGCUCCGGGGAGGCAAUGUACCCACAUAAAACUAAUUUUACUAUUUACUCCCAAUUAUUUCAAAGAUUAGAUGCAGUUCCACACUAGCUUUGACUCAAUUUUAUAAGAGUCAAGUGCUUGUAGGGAUACUCUGUUAUAUGAUAGGAUGAAUAUCUUUGUAUUGUUAUAGUAACGUUGUGCGCAACAAGCUGCGCUUGUAAGGAUAUUGCGGAAGAAUCCUCUUUAAUACUGAGCAAUCUAUUUGAAAUAUAUGUUGAAAAUAUUACUGGAUAUUGUGCUAACUACAUUUUAUUUCGUAGCAGUCUAUUGGCAUGGACCACAUCUGAAAAUACUGUCGAGCAAUUUUGUUUCUCAUCUAUUAUAUCGGUAUUACGAUGUUCCUGAUCUAUUGUAGAGUUUUUUGACUGAUGGGUAUUGCCAUAUCUUUUCUGGCUAGUUUGUUGAUAAUUAUGUACCCUAUAAACGCGUAGUAUAUUAUUCCUGGCUAGUUUUACAAAACUACUUUUAAUCAUAUGGGACAAAGUGGAAGGUGACAUGAAAUUAACUAUCCCAAUGUCUUAUAAUCAUCUCCAAAAUAAGAACUCAUUCAUAGAAACGAUUCAAUAGUUAUUUUAUAACAUAUAUCUCCAUAUUCAGUUUUAAAAAAGUGUACAUAUAAAUCAGGUCUAUAAAUUAAUGUUCAUAGUUCUGAACCAACUUGUAUAAAAAUAUGAGGCUAAAUUUGUUGCUAUACUGCUUAUAUGAGUUACUUCUAAACUUAAUAUUCUAAUAUUUUAAUCUCAAGAAGGAUUUUUGUAACUUUUCUUAUCACUUUCAGUUAACAGAAUGAAAACGUGUUUCAAUUUUGACAAAUUAGGACACAUAUCAGUACCAAUACUUUCAACGUGUUUAUUCUCAUAGUUAAAUUAGCAGUAAAUACAUAAUAUCUAAUUGAAAGUUUAUUGAAGGAGAAAAAUUAAUGACAUCGGUUUAUUUGAAGGAAUCAAAAAUUUUUCCAUAUUUUAGAGAGUUAGAGAUCUAACUGACUAGAAGCAAUGUCAAAUGAAACACGAAUACAAGUAAUAGUGAAACAGAAAUUGCAUUAUUAAGAAGUUGGUUAAAGUGACAAUAAAAAUUUUGACAAAACAUUCUUAUCAACUUUUUUGAUAAUUAUUGAAUGUAUUAGUCAAUGUCGUAACGAUAUUUAUCCCAAAGCCAUUAUGGAGCAGACUUGGUAAGUCUUUAACAAUUCAAACUCACAUUUUCCACAAUAGCUCUGCUUAGAAUUUUCCAAAAUUAUUACACAGACAGAGGAAAAAUAUGUCAAUAACAUGAAUUCGUCUCCUGCUUUUAUUGCAAAGUUAAAAGAGCUUCAACUAAACAUUCCCGUUAACAAAAAGUUAUCAUUCAGAUAUUGAAUAUUCGGAAUAUAAAUAGAGAUUUUCUACUGUUGCUAAUUACGACUCUGGGUUAUUCUAAUUGCUUGGUUUCGAUUCAUAUCCUUGCUGUGUGUGAUAUUCUCAUCUCUAUGAUCUGUAGGGAAGAAUGAAUCCGCGUCGUUCAGUUAUCACUUGGAUAAGUUCCCACGAUCGAACAAUUGGAUUAACUUUUGGCACACUAAAAGACCUGACUGGCAUGGCGUAACAAAAAGGUAGAGUAGUGCAGCGAGCUAACUCAGAUACAUACAUGUUUACCUACUCAUUGCACAUCUCGUUGUGUUAAUUUAUCUUUAAAUUUUCAAGAAGAAAAUUUAAAUAUGUCAUUCUAAAUAAUACGUGUUUAUAUUCUGUGUUCUCAUUUGUAAGUAUAUCUUUUGUGACACAAAAUAUAUGAAAAGUUAGUUAGAAUAUUCAUCCAACAGAAUAUGUAGUUUUUCUUUAUUAAAUGACUAGUCAUAACCUUUCAUGUUUCUGCUUCUUUCUUGAAUAAAUCAGAUGCAUUUUACCCUAUUUUUUUUCAUUUACGUUUUUAGCUAAACAUUAUUCAUUAAGAACUCAUUAAUGUCAUGGGGACUGUUUAGAUAAUGUAUUUUGAUGAAGAACAUUAACGUUUUAGUAGAGAUAUCAAUGAUUCGGCAAUUCCAAUAAUUGUUCGUAAUUUAUUUCAAAUUCCACUGCGUCACUUUACGUGAUUUAUUGUGUAUAAUCUUUCGGCCAUUUGUUGAUAUAAUGGUAGAUGGACUGCGCUUGGAAUACUACAUAUUUUUCUUGGAAGAUGGUUCCCAUAUUCAGUAAUAGAGAGAUUUCAAGCCACAUGCAUUUUGAAAUAUGUUACACGCUAAACUAUUAUGAUAUUUUUACAUCUAAGAAUUCAAUUAACGGAAGUUAGACGUUGGGCGGUUUUGCCUAACUAACCUCAAAUUAUCUGUUGUCUGUGUUAUUUGAUUUGUAUACUAUGCACCUAAAUGAAAUAUUGUCGGGACAAAUCGGCGUUACCAAGUUAAAACAUUCAGAGAUGUUUAUAUUCUUCUUCUUCUUCUUCUUCUUCUUCUUCUUCUUCUUUUUCUUCUUCUUCUUCUUCUUCUUCUUCUUGUAGUAGGACGAGGUCCUGUCAGGUCUGUCAUCUGCCCUCUUGUGACGCCGAUGUCCAGGUAUCGUACCAGCGUUUUGGGGGCCUACCGAUUGGGCGUCUUGUGUCUGGUUUCUGUGUUUUGGCCCAUUUGGCAAUCCGUUCUGGAGCCAUUCGUUCUACAUGGUCUCUCCAUUGUCGGCGUCUUGCUCUUACCCAUCUAACGACAUCUUGUACUCCCAGUUCUCUUAAGGUAUCUGUGUUGGGUAUUCUAUCGUGGAGUGUGGUACCCUUUAUUGUUCGUAAUAUCUUCAUCUCUGCUGUUCUCAUUUUUCUCUUUGUUUGUGUUGUGUCUGCCCUUGUUUCUGCGGCAUAGGUUAGUAUGGGUCUGAUACAGGUCUUGUAGAUUCGCGUCUUACUUUCUAUGCUCAUAUAUUUAUUUCUCCAUAUAAUGUCCCGUAAAUAUCCCGAUAUUCUAGUUGCUUUCUUGAUCUGCUUAUCUACCUCGUCCUUUAUGUUUCUGCUGCUCGUUGUUUCUACCCCCAAGUAGUUGAAAUUCAUUACUUGCUCUAUAAUGCGCUCAUUUACUACCAACUUGCAUCUUAUUGGGUCUUUGGAUAUUACCAUGCUUUGUGUUUUCUCGCAUGAGAUUUGCAUGUUAAGUCUCUGUGCCGUCAGGUUAAAUUUAUGAAGGAGGCGUUGUAGAUCGUCUUCAUUUUCAGCUAUAAGUAUAGCGUCAUCUGCGUAGCAAAGGAUUCUCAGGCGACGGUUAUUCAUUUCGAUGUUUAUAUUAUAUCUUAAAAACAAAAAUUUUAUUUUUCAUUGAUAAUAUUUUGUGUGACUAGGGAUUGAACAAAACUUGUGCCGUCUGGUUUCAUCCCGUGUUACAUGCUAUAUUUUCCAUAAAAUCGGCAUUAAAAAUUAAAGUUUUAAUGCUUCUUAUUUUAUUAAGACUAUUAUCACAAUUGGUGCUUUAUUCAUAUACAAACAUAACAAAUAAUAUUAAUAAGUUGUUUUAAGGCUAUCACUUUUUACUAUUACGUUUUGGUGGAAAUUUCAAAUUUGAAAAUCAACUUACAAAAUAUUUUUGUUAUUUUAUUACUUUGUUCAUAGAUUCUAGUUGUUUUACCAAUUAUUAUCGAGCAGUUAUCAACGAUUUACUAACACACAAUGUUUUGAAACAUUGAAAAUAAAAAAUAACAAUUAUUAACUUUUAAGUUCAAAAAGGAACAAAAACAAACGAAACAAACUAUCAGCUGAUCCCCUCGAUAUAUUAAAGUAGAAAGGACGCUUUCAUAUAGCUAUGACCUAAUUAUUUCAUUCAGGAAAUCCCUAAUGUUUGCAACUAAUGGUUGACCUAAGCAUCGAAUAAUUCACCCACAGAGUUGACGGUGCAUAUUUUACACUUUGACCUCUGUACUAACUCACUAAUACUUCAGACUAUGAUGCAACUCAUUCAGAUUCUCAAAAAUUUAUGAAUAUCUCGUGAACACUCAGAUAUUUCAAUUUAGUUUCAGUUUUAAUGUGUUGCUUUUGUUUUGUACAUCUAUAUUUAUUGAAUCCUUGUUUAUAUUUUUGAUUCAGUCACAGAAAUAUAUCAGUUUAUUUACUAGUUAGAAAGACGAUAUAAGGGCUUGAUAUAAAUAAAAUAUAUAUGAGGGAAAUAACUGGUAACGUAUUUCGUUGAUCAAAAUGAGAGGCUUGAACUCUCUCUUUGUUCUGGGCAGAGAUAAGACAAUAAAUAUUGCUCUAAAUAAUUGAAGUAAAUCGUUCGAAACCAUUGAAAAUACUUGAAUCGAAUUUUCAUUGUCAAUCUGUGAUAUGUGCAGUUGAAAUUUUAUUUCAUACAUUACCUAAGAUGGAACUACAAAUUUCAAAUUUUUCAUAGGUUAUAUUCUUUUCAAAACAAAAACUGUAUAACCUCGAAAAGUAUAACGUCAUACAAAAUGUUGGUUACACUGCUUAAUUCUGCAAUAAUUUUUUUCCCACAAAAAUUUUUUUAUUGGUUUUGGUUAUUUGUCAACCUACAUAACGAGGAUUUUUAAGAAAGUGAGAAAGUUUCUGAAAUAAAUAAAAAAUAAUUGGCGGUAUAUAAUCGCAACAACAUGUUCCUUUGCGGCAGCUUAACGCCGCGCCGACAGACACUAAAAUAUACAUCAUCAACGCUUUGCCUAGAUCAUCCAGGCAUAAAAGUUUCUUACUUUAUGAAUAGCCCUCGUAAUACUGAGUAUAUCUUUGUGGUAACGUGAGAUUAGAGAAUGAAGAAUUGUAUGCAACAACUAAUGAAUAAUAAGUAAUAACACAUAAAGAAAGAUGUAAAUGAAAGUUGUAUAUAGUAAUCAACAAGGUGAACUUCAGUACUUUUCCAGUCUAGUAUUUUUGUCCAGAUUCUGGGCCAGUGGCAGUAGAUACAAAGUAAUUAAUUCUAGUGUAUACACAAAAUGUACUAAUAAAAACUGAGUUGUUAUUGUUUUCAUUAAAUAAAUGUGUUAUCUAAACAGUCUUAAUAUUUCUCAAAUGCACUCUAAGAAAUUGCAAAGUGCACUUUCUAAAAAAGGACCAGAUUGGCAGAGGGUAUGCGCAUUUAUGGAUAAAUUUGAAUUUUAGAUGUUUUUAAUAUGGAUGUAAUCUGUACUUUACAUUAUAAGCAUAUCAUAUGUGUACAAGGUAAGCAUUUAUUGACUUUAGAUUGAUUCACCGUAUAUAUUUUGAUAUUGAUUAUUGUCUUGGAAUUUCUAACACAACGCAUAUUGGUCGUGCUAUAAUAGAAAUUCUAUUCAACACGAGAAUAUAUGCGAUUGUGGUAGUAAAGUCCCCGUUUCCAGGAUAAUUUUAAUGUAUUAGUCUGAUUAACACGAUUAGUUUUAUUUUCAAAAUCACAAAUGGUGGUGUCAGACACAAUCUUAUGUAGACAAUAUUUGUAGUGAAAUUUAUCUUCCUCUAAUUUUUGAUUGUGGCAUAUGAUCUGUGUUUUUUAAGACCUUUAAAACUUAUAUAGAAACUUAUUCAAGAGAUCAACACAUGGCUUUAACAUUUGAAACUGAUUUUGGGCUCACGGUUAUCGCGAUUGUUCUUGAAUAAGCGCAUUCUGAACAUCCAAUUUUGGGCCACUUAAGGUUAGCUUGUUGUCUGUCACGAAUAUUACGAACAAUAUUGUCUUUCGAGAUAUCAACUAUUGAUGGUUUAUCAUUAUCGUGAUGAAAAACUCUAUUUUUUUCUGUCUGAUGGCAACCAUAGGUUCUGGCUAGCUUACAAAAAAGAUAGGCGUGGUUCACUAUAAAUUUGUUACUCUUUAAGAUAAAGGUGUCAUAUGGUUUUGUCCAAGACUAAACUUUGUAUAUAUUUUUCACCUGAAAAUUAGAAAAAUAGGAAAAAGAUAGACACCUAUCUUCACAAAAUAUGGAAUUUAAAUGAAAAUAAAAAGAAGCUUUUCAAAAAAAUAAAAUUUCAAGAAUACUAAGAGUAAAAAAAAUAAAAUAAAGAAUUUAUCUUUUAAAAAGUCAUAUGAAUAAAAUCUGCUCCUAGCCUUCUAAUCGUCUAUUUGACCAAAAGCACGUCAUUUGGCCACAAGCACGUCAUUUGGCCAAAGAUGUAGUCCAGUCAGAAAAAAUCUUCUCCCGAUAAGAAAGACGACGUCUCGUAAUGAGACGGCUACCAGUAAAAACAGUCAGCAGGUACACCAAAAAGGUGGAUUCUCAAUCAAAUAAAUAAGCCAAUACUAAAACCGGCGUGAUUUUGUGAGGGCCGCUUCUUCUAUAUAGCGUAAUUAAAGCCUUUUUUAAUCUAUAACAAAGGUUCUCGAGUCAAAAUUUCUACAAAAUCUUUACCCAAAUGACGAGGUAGAAUAUUGAAAAUUACCAAUAGUUGUCCAGCAGCACUACAAUGCACAGAAACUAUUGACGUUACCAGUAUGUAAACCAUACUAAAAAGUGCAUUUUUCUAGAUGUUUUGUUUGACUUUAUUCCUUAUACUGAAAUUUAGUUCACGUACAAAAAUUCAAUAACCCUUAUAAAUUUCGAGGUAAACAUUUGAUCGGUUUCCAGAUGGUUUAAAGCUCAAAUAGAAAAAUACCGAUGAGCUGAAUAUUUUAAGGCUAAGCUGCUAACACUGUUGUCAAAAGUAUCCCAAUAAAUACACGGCAACAAUGGGUGGCUUGGCAUGAAAGAGUUUUGUUGUUUGUAUCCGUGUAUCCCAUUUUUACAAUUUCAUUCUCAUUUACUUACUUAGAUCAGAUAAGUUUAUUAUAAUUAUUUAUGCAUAUUGUUCAUUAUUUUAAUCAUAUAUUGUAUCAAUCUGACCAAGAGUAUCUGAGAUAUCAAGUUUCGUGCUACAAAAAUUCUCUUUGCCACCACCUCCCUUUUCUAUUCUCAAAACAUACAGCAAUAAUCGCACAUGUAACAGCAGCAACAGUCUUUUCCAUUUUUCGAAUAGUACUGAUAUCGGUGUUCACACGCAAAUUAUUGACAACAUGUAUCCAUAAUCAAUACGAUACGAUAAGAUUUAUUGACUAUUAUAAAUACAAUACCAUUUGCGUAGUUCUAUAAGUAAAUCUCACUAAGCGGUUAUCAAUAACAUGACCAAAGCAAAGUAAAUCGUGCACACAACGCACUUUCUGUCAAUAGAGGAGCGCAAUUUUCUCAUUGCAAAAAUUUCACAGAUUCCCCUCUGGUACCUCUUUUUGUAGAGCUAAAUGUUAUUUUCAUAGUUUAAUUUCAAGUUGUUUGAAUCCAACCAAGAUUCAGCUACCUUCUCGAUGUUGUUACCCUCUUUUGUUAGGAAUGUAGCAUCGUCGGCGAUGCAUCUAAAAUAAAUGUUGCAAACAUUUCGAACUUGUGUAUCUCUGUCUAUAUUAGCUUUCAUGCAUUUAGGUUAAAAUCUUUACUUUACUUUAUUUAUGGCCCAGUCAUUAUAGGGGAUUCACCGCGGAAAAUCGACAUAUUCAGUAUAUUGCCAGGUAAAAACUUGUUUUUUGGCAUCCUAACCUAACCUAAUCUAAAACUAUUCUCAAAAUUCACAUAUAAAGUCGGUUGUCAAAGGUCACAAAUAUUGAUUUUUUGCAAAUAUCUCGUUAUGGAUUUACGCUAUUAUUGUAGAGAAUUUAAUUCUUUACAACUUUUGUAUUCAACAUUUUUUAUACCUCGAACUUUUUUAGUGAUAGAGAGCGUGGAGCGCGCGGUUAGAAUAUUAUCUGAGGUCAACUAGUUAGGGCAGACUUUACAAGCCCAGUAAUGGGGUUGUAAAUGCGUAACGAAGUCCUGGAACCUAUUAUCACUAUUUUACCAUCUAUACCAGAUGAAUUACUCAAUGCAAUAUUCUGUAACUUCAAAAGUGGCUCAAGAUGUGAAUGCAGGAAAGCGGGGUUACAGUGCUCUUUAGCUAGCGGCCAGUGUAAUGAAUAAGCUUGUCUUAACGCUGUACCAUAUCAGACCGAUAUUAAUGAUGAUAGAACCUCUGACCCAGAAAUCAUGAAUGAAUUGAGACAAAUGUCGUUGAAGACGGUAAUGAAGAGGAACUAGAAAUUCUGUAGCAGACAGACAAUGACGACGAUGAUGAAGUAAAAGAAGAAGAAGAGAAUUGUAAUUAGAACUUGUUCUCGAAAUUCUUAUUAAUUUUGACAAUAAUAAAUCCAUAAAAUGACACGAUUAUUAAAAACAUUAGUUAAAAAUUUAUAUAGAAAGUCAUUAGUAUAAAUUAGAUUAGAUUUAAAAUACAAUUUAAGUAUUUUCCUCAAUAAUUUCUUAAUUAUAAGGCCAGGUAAGUGUUAUUGAAUAAAUUGACACUUAAUUAAUAAGAGAUAAGUAACCAAAAAAAAGAAUUUAAUUUAAAAAUUAAUAAAAAAUGCUAAACAUUAAAAAAUACAUUAAAACCCAUAGAAAACGAGAUAUUUGCCAAAAAAAUCGAUUUUUGAGACCUUUGACCUCUGAUUUUAAAACUUGCGAUCAUCCAAUUGUAUGUGAAUUUUGAGGAUAGUUUUAGGAUUCCAAAAUACAAUAUACGUGGUAAUAUACGAUUUUCCGAGAAAUCUACCUAAUUAGGAAUAAGAUGACUGGACCAUUAGCACUUUCUCGAAUAAAUCAUUCUCCAAAGUUAUGCAUGAGAUUUUUAAUAUGUUAACCCUAUUAUUUUUCUCUAUCUUUUUCCAAUAUUAAUUUUUAUUGUUGAUAUUCUGCGCAAAACUUUAGUGAUCCUAUUCAAAUAUGAAAUUUACAUUUUGAAAGCUACUAGUUUUAUGGGCAGUUUCAGAGCAGUCGCGUUCUGUAUAUAUAUUAGAUAUUUAUCAUUCUAUCAUUUUAAAGCCGUAAAUAGCUGACUCUCUCAUCUUUAUUAUUUUAGUCAUCCAAAUUUAUAUUAUUAUGUAUUUAUACUUUCUUCUUGCAUUUAUCUUUCAAAAACAAAUUUUAGUGCUGUUAAUUAACACUAACAAUUAACAGGAUCAUUAUUUCCGUGAUAAAAUUACGUCAACAAUUUUUAAGUUCGAUUUUAUUAGAUAUAAUAAAAGUAGAGGUGGCUGCGUUAAAAAUAAGGCUGGUUAUAUAGCUCAUUUGGUAGGUACCUCUUUAUAGGUUUAUUUUUAGGGUGUCAUUCAAUGCGACAGUUGUAUAUUUACUUUUCAUUUUUGUCUACCAUAAAUCAAAUUUACAUCCUACCAACUGAUUCUUAUACUUUUUAUUAGAAUACAUUUUUUUCCACCGGUGCCACUGUUCAAUGUUGUGGAAUCAGUGUCCUAUCAUGCCAUUGGACAAUGGCAUCAUUUUCAGAUAAAAACUUUUGAGCGUAGAUGGCUGUGUAUGCAGCUGCAUUGUCAUGGAAGAAAUAGCUCCUGUCUGCCACAAAUUGAGUAUUUUUAGACGAACACUGACAAAAAUUAGAUAUAGAAUUUCGCUGAUUUGGAUAUUUGAUACGCGUCCACACAGAGAUUUGUCAUCAAUGUGUCGCUAUUUCUGAAUUUCCCCCACAGCGUCAUUUUCAUUAGAUGCCUUCAGUAGAAAACAAAACUUAACAGCUGCACGUUGUUCACUUAAACAUGGUAUCAUAAAAAACGAAACAAGAACAAAGUAGUACUGGCAAAAAAAUCAAUGCGGACAAACAGAACAAGACAUAUCGAUAUCACUUAGAGUACUCAACUGGUAAUUAACGCUAUCUAAUCUCUCACGGAAACUACAAAAACUUCAAAAGCUCCACUCAUGGUAAUGCUAUUUCGAUUAUUAUAGGAUUCUCGUAGUAACAAUGCCUCCACUUAUAACUGUUGGAUUACUUUGAAAAAGACAUUCUGUCACUGGUUAUCUCAUUUGCUCUUCAACUAAGACACAAAAUUGAGGAAAGUGAAGAUUAAAAUGAUGAAAUGGAUGAAAAUAUUAGAACAAAGUUUAACUUCAAUCAAUUCACUGUAUUCGAAAAUUAAGGAAUCACAAAAACGUUAUCGUUGUUAGAUAUUAGCUCAGAAUCUUACGCAGACUGUGUUGCCGAAGAAAACGUUUUAUACAUAUUGUUUUAUAAAUUUGAUAAUAUUGUAUAUUGUUUGCCUCAUACAGCUCUCAAUGUUUCCUGACAAGUUCUAUUUGUUUUUUCCCGACAUAUUAUAUUAGAGAGAAUAAAAAAUAGCAUUCGACUAAACAUUUUUAGGACCUGUUUUUAAACUCCGAUUCCUGAGUUGCUGAGGUCCUCCUUUUUUAAAAUUCUUUCUGUUGUCUAAUCGAAAGUCUUUUUUUGUUUGGUAAACAUUAUUUGAUAGCUUCUUACUCUCCGUACAUGAACCACGCUAUCCAUAUCUCUGUCUUCUACAUCUAACCCAAUCUGACAUCUUCUACUUUUAUUUGUACCAUGUUGUUCCACUGGUAGUCCUAUUGUCGGAGUAGGAGUUUUGUCAUUUCGGCAUAUGCCAUGGAAGGUUUUUUAGAUUUUUACUUUUCUUAUUGACAUAUAUUUACAUUAUAUCUCCAUGAUGUCCUUCAAAAAGCCUGGUAUCACAGUUACCUUAUUCUUCAAAUCUUUUGUUGAGUUUUUCCUACUGGUAAUGCUAAUCCCAUUGUUGUUCGUGGCAUAAGUUUCAGUUUGAUCGUGUACAACGAUUUGGUUUUUUUAUUAUGAGGGAUUGAGUCUUUUGUCAAUAUAUUUUCAGAUUCUUUUUGCUUCUCGCUCGAUGUUAUAUAGCAUUCUCUGUAGGUCUUGAUUCUCAGCUAUGAGAACAGCGGCGUCGACGUAGUAAAAUAUUUGUGGUUUUGUAUUUAAUUAUGAUUUUGUCAUUAUCAAGUUAGAGUAUGUAGAUAAUUUCCUUGCAUUAUAAAAUCCGUUACUGAUGGUUGAUGAUGAUGCAUGGUUCAGGUUAUCUGCCGUUAUUAGAGAGGAACAACAUUCUAAACCAGUUUUGAUACAUCAUUAUAUAUUGGUCGAAAUUUGGAAGGUUAAGCACUAAAGAGGAUAUCAAUGUAUUGAACAAGAAACUAAAUAAAUUCCAAAUGUUAUAAAAUCAGUAAAAGGAAUCCGGAUAUGUGCACUUACAACCCUUGGUGGUCUUUUAUAGGCUUUUAUCCUCACUCAACUAUAACUUAUAAAAUAAACAAAAGUGCAGCUAUACUCAUAAAUCAUCAUAGAAUUCUAUAUCAUCUCUAUAGUUGAAAAAGUUGUAGGACAAAAUCAUCGAAAACAUGAUAAAUCAUCAACGCUGUUGAGAUAAUUUUCCUUGGAAAAACUUUGUUGGUGAUUGUGUUGAAAAUUUCCAGGUUAUCCUUUUCAAUUUUUUACUGAUACCAAAAGACAUUAAUAAAGUUAAAUGUCCGCAGUUCUUAUUCAUAUAAACGUUCGGUUUGAACUAAGUUGUGCAAGUUUCUAGCGACGUUGUGCCAACAGGGCAUUCCAAACAUAAUCUUGGAGAGAUCAAUUCACUAAACGGGAUAACAGCCGACGGUGCAUUAAUCUAUACAGUGGUAAUGUAACGCGCGUAGCUGUGGCCUGGCUAUUGUGCCGCAUUGUCAAUAUGCGUCACCAAUUAGUUUAUGAUUUUACUCGCCUCUGGUAACAAAGUGGAAGUUAAAAUUUAUUAUGUAGCUAGGUGUUAGCUAGAUUAAUUGCUAAUUAAUCAAUAUAUCUCCAACUUUGUGGUGGUUCAAUUCAUAAUUUUAAAUAUGCUACUUUUUACUACCAUUGAAAUUGGAUUCCAAAUUAGCCAGUCAUUCAACAAUUCAGCAUUUGUGCGUGGGACCUAUGGAAAACAAUUCUUGGGUUGGAGUGCAGAUUAUCAACUCCUUGAUUUCGGUAUGUUCCUCUGCUUUCGUGGAGUGUGGUUUCUUCCUCUCGCAUCGUGAAUCUUUACUUUGUAUAAAUUAAAUCUGCUUUUUAAUCUACAUAUACAUCUUUUGGAACCAAUUGAAGAUCUAAUAUGGUUUUUUAUAGGUCAAAUGUGUUUUCACUUUACAUACAUACCUUUAAAAUAUUUUUCCAAUAUAAUUAAUAAUCGUGCGCAUCUUCCCAUACCCUUGAGGUACAUUGCCGUAUACUAAUGGCCAGUAUUAAAUCCGGUGAUCAGCCUUAGCUCGGGUAUGUCUUCCAGUACAUUAAAUGACGGAUUUUGGUGUGUCGCGUACAGUACAGUACGUUGUCUGUACAGCUAUACAUGUAAACAUAGGAUCGGAAAUUGAGAAACCCAAUCGCGUACUCGCAACAGUACUUUUCGCUAAUUUUAUUACCAUUUCUGAUAUUAAGUGCAACUAGCAAUUGAAUUAAAACAAUUGUCGACUAGAACUUUACAAUGAAAAUUAGUAUAACAAAGAUGUCGGGAACAAAGCACGAAAUAUCUAGCAAACGGAUGAGACAUAAAACUAAGCGGCGUUUAGAUCAAAAAAAUUGCAAUCUCCGACAGUUCCAAAUGUAAUGGGAGACCAAAAAAUAUCUUGCUGUAGUAUGAAGUUGGAUAGUAGAAUGAAGCUUAAUAAGGAUAUCUCUAAAAAAGCUUCAAGUUAUUGCAUGGUAAAACUUUCUAUAAAAUUAAUAUCGCUAAGCAUAUCUCUAAUUUGUUUCCGAAUAAAAAUAUUUUCGCCUCACUAAAUUGUGGAACAACUUGUCUUGGUGUUUUUAGAGUUGAAAAUUCCUUCCCUAGUAAAUCUAGCCUUGCCAGUAUACAACACAUAUUUUGGAAAAUUUCGAUUUUCACGAGACUUUUGUUUAUAACAGUUUGAAAAUUGGAUGCGCACCUGAAAAUCUCUAGGUUCUAAUGCUUGAACACUGGCCAAUUUGUAUGGAUGUAACACUUGUUCUUUUUGAGUACUUAAAGAUGGCCUUUCAGAAAUUUUAUUUAAUAAUUCCCCUUCAACACGAUGGGACAUCUGUUCAUUUUGCUGCAGCGGUAAAAAAUUACUGAAACAGACCUUUUAGAGAAAAAUGGAUUGGUCGGGGUGGACCCAAUUGUUGGCCUCUAAGAUCACUUGACUUGAAUCUUAUCAAUUUUUAUAGGAGGCUAUAUGAAGUCCUUAGUGUACGAAACAAUCAUCGAAUAUGAAUAAGAUCUGAUAGCUAGAAUUCAAUCUGCGGCAGAAAUCAUUCAAUCCCAUCCAGAUUUAUUGUCAGGCACGUUUUUCAAUGACAAAACGGUGUAAUAAGUGUAUUGAAGUAAGCGGCUAACGGUUUGAAUAAUUGGGAUUAUGAAUAAUUUGUAUUUGUUUUGAACUACUUACGCUUAAUCAUCAUUCGAAAUUAAAUGAAUAAUUAAUUAAUUUGUAAAUUACUUACAUGCUUGUUUUAGACUUUUGUUUAGAGGCAAAUUUCUACAACACCGUUCAUUUUAGCUCUAUAAAAGGUUAUUAGUUUUUAAACUAGAAAUAAUCAGGAAAUUUAAAACAAUAUUAAAAAAAAUAAUUUGCUUCAGUGGCGUAAAAAAUGGGGGGAUAAAAGUGACAACUAACCCUGACAGUGCGCCAAUGGCUAAAUUUUUCCAAAGUUUGUUUAUGUCAAAAUAUUACUUUAUUAAGGAGCAUACUGGUCUUUAAAUUUGAAAAAAACAAUUUAAAGGCGUUCUUGAUUUAUGCAAAUUUUUGAUUUUGAUUUAAAAUUUUGAACACCCUAUAUCUCAGCAACUAUACCCGUAAAGGUUCGUAUUCCUAUAUCAAAAUGAAUCAUAUAUUGAGAUCGCCCUGUCGGUCGAAUAUAAAAACACCCUGUAUAACUAGCUGUUUGUCUUUCAUCAACUACACAUAAAAUCAUUCACUUUAAAACUCAAACGAAAUAAAGAAUAAGAAAAGUUACGUAAUAUGAAUAUUUUAUCAAGGUGUUAGCUUUAUAAAAAUAAUUGUUUGAACUAGUUUACAAAAAUCGUGUUGUUUUUGAUUGUUUGCGGUUUUCUUCCUAUCAUUGGUAUAUCCUGGAAACUAAAUAAAAAAAAUUAUUGCAGCUUUAUACGGUGAAUACAAUAGGAGUUUACCUUGUAUAAAUCUAAUAGUGGAAUACUGUAGUUUUCCAAGUAUCCGAAUUUUUGAGAAUCUAGUACUUUUUCUGUGCCCUCUGUAUCAGAUUUUGGGAACAGUCAAAUCAACAAUUUGUUGUACGUACUUACAUAUCUUGUAAAGGAAAUUAGAUAAGGUAAAUAUUGUCGUAUAUUAUAAAUUUGUUCCAGUGAUUAGGAUAAGCUUACGAUUGAGUGUUUUUGUUUUCGUAUUUUUUCAUAUUUCAUUUACAACGGAUGUGAUUAAAUAAUUGGUGACACAUUCAUAUGCAUUGUGUAUAUGAGUUUUUUGCAUAAAUUAGAAUCGUAAAGUGUGGGAGAAGAUAGAAAAUUGAAUUGGGGGUUUAGGGCAGGUUGAAAGAAGUGAAGUUAUGGGGAAACAGAAUAGUAAAUUGAAGCCGGAAGUUCUGGAAGAUCUCAAACAAAACACAGAAUUUUCAGAUGCUGAAAUCCAAGAAUGGUAUAAAGGAUUUUUAAAAGACUGCCCGAGCGGUCAUCUCUCUGUAGAUGAAUUUAAAAAGAUAUACGGUAACUUCUUUCCAUAUGGCGACGCCUCCAAAUUCGCCGAGCACGUUUUCCGCACAUUCGAUGCUAACGGCGACGGCACCAUCGAUUUCCGGGAGUUUUUGUGCGCCCUUUCUGUCACCUCCAGGGGUAAACUUGAGCAGAAAUUGAAGUGGGCUUUCUCCAUGUACGACCUCGACGGCAACGGCUACAUCUCCAGGCAAGAGAUGCUGGAAAUUGUUACGGCAAUCUAUAAAAUGGUGGGAUCAGUAAUGAAAAUGCCUGAAGAUGAAAGUACCCCCGAGAAACGCACUGACAAAAUCUUCCGACAGAUGGAUCGCAAUAAAGACGGAAAAUUGAGCCUGGAAGAGUUCAUAGAAGGUGCUAAGAGCGACCCAUCCAUAGUCCGACUGUUACAGUGUGAUCCCCAGGCACAAUAGUCGCCAUAAAUCAUACUCACCAAAAAAGUACAGACAUUUUUUUUUAAUUUAACGUUCUGUAAUUUAAACCGUAAAAGGUGUAGACUAGUGUUUGGCUUAUGACUUUCAACAACAAUAUGUGGCGAAACGAUUCGAUCAGGAACUACAGAUCUGUGAUUGCUGGUUUUUGUCUCUGUUGAUUUGAAUGUCAAGCAAAAUGUAUGCUUCCUACCUCUUUAGUAUGAUUACAGUAUGAAUUUUAGAGCUAACAACAAUUUUCACAUUGGCUACAUUAUAGCCUGUGUUACUAACAAGGAUAAAUCAAACUAACAUUUAAAAUUAAGGUAGUCGUUUAGGGUAGCCCACUUAAAGAAUUCAUUCUCUUAAUUAUCAUUCUCUCUAUUUUUUUAUCAUAUUUUGUUAAUAUCAGUUUUAUUUUAAUAAUAUGUUGAUAGGAUGAAAAAUAAUUGAGUUUUUUUGACUUUCUAAUAGUAGUAAAAUAUUUUAUGAGGAUUAAAGGAAGACUAUUUUUUUUAUAGAAAAUAAAAUUGUUCUUUCAUUGAACAACCAAAAAGUAUUCAGAAUGUUUUAAGGUCUAUUUAACAACUCUAGUAGUGAUAAGUAUCCACUUUAAUGCUGAUCGUUUUAUAUACAUAAAACAUUGUCUGGGUCCGACUAAAUUUAUGGCGCUUAAAUGAUUGUGUAACAAAAUUUCAAAUGAAUAAAUUGUUGCCUACUUUCAUAAUUUAUGAGAAGGUAUUAAGCGGGUAUCUUUCUACCUAUGAGAAAUUGAAAUGUUUCAACCAAAAUGUUUAAGUGCCGCAAUAUUUAGUUGAAGAUAAGUCUGUUUAGAAUACAUACACAGUUAACGAUGAGCUAUAAUUACAUUAUUGCACUUAUCCAAGUUGUUAAAAAUAACUUUAGCUACCCUAUAAGAAAAAAAAUUUUGUUUCAGAAUUUUUUUCUUCAUGGUGCCAGUUUUUUUCAAUAUUAUUACUGUCAAAUUGGGUCAUUUGAGAUAAUUUUAAACUUUACGCGUGUAUUAAAAAGAAACCGUUCAAGCUAGAUCAUCCAAAUCAACGCCCUAUUUUGGGUCUGUUACUAUAAUAUGAUACCUUCUACAUCAAAAAAACAGAAAUGAAACACUUAAAUAUAUAUAAUUUCUUUUCUCAAGUUACCUCCACAGGAGCGGUGACUUGACAGCCUAAAUUGUGUUUUGAAAAAAUAGUGUUUUUUUAAGAAAAACUGAGUUUUUAAUACUACUAUUUUAUUAUGUAACAAAAGUACAAAAGUUUUGAAAAAGAUAAACAAAAAACAUUUUUCGGUAACCUAUCUAUAGAUAUAUAUAAAAACUAAAACUAUAUAAAAACUAAAUAAUAGAUACAGGAACUAACUUUGACAAUAUUUGUAUUGCCUCGACAACUGUAAUGUCUUCAAUCCAAGGAAAAAUAAAUAUUUUUUUUGUAUUUUGCUAACUGGAUCAUAAAGCUGCACGUGAAUAAAGAAUUUGGCUUUGUUGCAGUUAUUUUUCCUAUAAACUUCUUUAAAAUGUUUAGUUUGUGUGGAACUUGGUAUGAAAAUUCCACCAAAACAAAGUCUCCAGUUUUUAGUUCUGCUGGAUUUACAUCAUCCCUGUCAGAAGAAUCUUUUAAAAGUCUUUUUUUUUCUCUUUGUUGAUGGUGCGGUGUUUACAUUCUGACUUAGAUUGUGUAAUUCUUCUUCAAUAUUUUCUUGGAUUGUAUCGCUAAUAUUUUCAUUGCUUUUUCUUAGAAAUAUUUUGAAAGCAUUGUCAAUUAUAUUAUUCCGAGUUUUUAGCUUCGAGGUAGGGUUGCAAUUUUGUCAGCACUUUUUGUCUGUUUAUUGGGUAAAUUCAAGAGCUUCCAAUUCAAAAGCGUAUCUCUCCAAACUCCUUUUAAAACCAUAAUAUAAGCCACAUCCAAUGGUUGACAUAUGUGUGUACUAUUUGGAGGUAGUAAGAUAAUUCUUAUCUUAUAAUCUUUGCAUAAUUCUAUACUAGAACUGUCAAGAUAUCUCUUAAUUAAGUAUCUCAUAUCUACUGAAGUUAGGGAAUACCCUCAUUCAACAUAUAACGAUUUUGCACCCUCCGGUUUAUAGUGUCCUUUGGUAUUACAUAUUUUUCUUGUAGUUUUCUUAAUGAAACAUAUUUUUCCCUUUCUUCCAUGGCUUUGUCGAAAUUUCCAAUAUCAUAUCUUCUGUAAUUGGCCCCAAUUUUACGUCUAUAGCGUCCCAUUUUCAGCACCUGGAAAAUAUCUUUUUUUAUACUGAGAGUACCUUAGGGUGACUUAAAACAUAUGUCUCAUAUCACCAUCUUAUACGACGUAUUUGGAUUGUUUUGUGAAUAAAAAUACGUCUAUUUCUUUAACAGAAAUGCCUCAAUGUGAGCCAGAUAUAGAAACAGUAAAUAAAUGUAAAAGAAUUGCGAUAUUGAACUUGGGUUACACUAAAUAAACAAAAUUUUACAUCAUAAUGUUGAAUAGAGCAAAUAUUACGUUGUUUAAAUAUCCACAAAAAAGUAGGCACCUUCUCUAAACGAGGUAUGAACCACUACUAAAUUUGAGCAAAUACCUAUUAGGGCGGCGUUGUGGAAUUAUCACAAAAUACGUAAAGUUUUGUGGCAAGUCACCAAGCAGUCUCAAGUGACCCGAUCUGACGGUAUAUAAUAUGUAAUAAUUAAAAAAAGUUGUUUGUUCUAAUUUUCAAAACUGAUUUUAUACACUAAAGAAUUUAAAUUAUUUGUUAGUCUACUCCUUAGAUGGUUAUUGUUUAGUUGUAUACAUCAACCACUCUUGUGUGAUCGCGAGGUAAUUUGGCAAUGUCCCGGUUUUUGUCAUAUUUGUAGAUUUUUUAAUGAUGUUUAUAAAGAUUUUUACUGAAUCCUAAUAUCGAUUGUUAAGAAAGGGAAAGUACGACUCUGUUAAGGAACGAAUAGUUAUCAGUCUGUACAUUUUUGAUUUUACAAAUUGCCGUUUAAAUUUUAUUAUAUUCAUCUAAAUACUGAAAAUUAACUUAUGUGAAUUGAAAGCCAAUUGAUCAAUUUAGACUUUGAUAGUAAAAUAACAUUGAAUUUUCUAUUAUUUUAGUCGAUUUUGGUACUUAUACAGUCCAAAGUAAAAAAAUAAAAAGUUAAAAUACAGGUGGUGCAUAAAAUGAUGAGUUCGUUGAUAGUCAAAGCACCCUUUUUUGAUGGAGAAAUUGAAAUAAUUAGCCGAAGGGGUGUAUACCAGUAUUAUUGCUAUACAACGAACACAACAAUUUGAUAUAUUUUAUUGACAUCUGCAAAGUUGUGAUCAAAUGUUUUACUUCCGUAAGUUGCGGGAUACAUCUGAUCAUCAGUUAAAAGAAGAUAAUUGAUAUUACUCUAUUCAACUUGUUUGCCAGACAUUGAUUAACAAUUCAAUCACUCUGCAUUUUUUUUGCCAAACAUGUUGGGCUAGUGAAUCGAUUUUGGAAUUGAUUUUAUGAUAAUAAGCUUUCACAUAUUUGAUUUACAGUUUUAGAUCAUAUAAAACUAUAUCUCCAUAAUUAUGAAAAUAUAUUUAUAUGUAUGUAUACGUACAACAUUUGUGUCAUCUAUUCACAAAUUCAGAUAUUUAUGCGAAUUUUCUUUGGAUUAUGUUAUAUGAAAUGAUUGAUAUGUAGAUUGAUAUUAGGGUAUUGAAACAUUCCAGUGACAACAUACUAAAUUUUUAAUUUUAGUAUUCCCGUAUUUGAAUCUCAUGCCUUACGUAGUUGGGAAAUUGAAUGUACUCUACAUAAAAUUAGUAGAUAUAUCUAUAGUCCUACAUUAGGACUUUUAUAUACAAAAAAUGUUCUGUAUGUUCUCUCUGUAAUGUUUUUUCAUGUGUAAUCUCAAUGUUGUGGAAGGAUAUUUUCUAAUAUUCAGUUGUUUCCUUUCCUGCUAUUUUCCAUGCUCUACUUUAAAGAAGUUUAGAUGUUUGAUAAGAUAAACUCAGUCAUGAACACGCAUUUGCCCUACUAUAUACUUUUAUAUUCCUCCAUGUACUAUUUUAGAAGCUGCAAUUACAAAAAGAUUAUAUCAAUCCUCAAAUAUAAAAAAUGGAAAAAUAAA